UUGCCCCGGUGAGGACGAAGCGCCAUAGCCACGGUAGUCCUGGCGACAAGAACCCAGCAACGAAAAUCAACAACAACAGCCCGAAUCUUUAAAAAAAUAAACUAAAAAAAAUCCAAGGGAAAAUUCAAAGGAAAUCAGAGUGUGGAGUCCCUGCGGUUGUCAUGGCGACUCCAGGCUACGUGGGGGAGCUGCAGCAGGCCUCGCAGCCACAGGGGGGCGUCGUGAGCGUGGCACCUGGACAGGCCUCCGCCCCUCCCGCCGCCCCGCACCCCGCCACGCCCCAGUUCCUGGCGGAGCUCCAGACCACCACGGCCCCUCCCUCCGCUGCUCCCGCGGCGGGUCAGAGCACGCCCCCCGUUCCAGCCCCUCCCACCCCCGCACAGAAGACCGCGGCUGCGGCGGCGGGACCGCAGACCGCCCCCCCGCAGCCCCCCGCCCAGACACAGUAUGUCACCGCGGAGAUCCAGAGCUCUCCCUCCCAGCCCAGCAACACACAGUCCACACCACAGUACAUUGUGGUCACAGUCACAGAGGGCUCCCUGCACUCCAGUGACUCAGUGUCGGACUCCAGCCCCCCUCCCGUAGGGGUGCAGACGGGAGUGCCCACCCAGGUGGUGCAGCAGGUGCAGACAUCCCAGCAGAGGUCAGUGGUACAAGCAGCAUCUCAGACAGGCAAGACGGGGCAGAGUGCCCAGCUUAGUGUGACCAGCCUGCAGCCUGUGCAUCUGACUCAGGAGGUGCAGCAGCAGCUCCAGCAGGUUCCAGUGCAGCAUGUGUACUCCAGUCAGGUGCAGUAUGUGGAGGGGGGCGAGGCCAGCUACACCACCAGCACCAUACGAUCCGGCAGCUACACCUAUUCAGACACCCCCCUCUACACCCAGACCGCCGCUGCCCCUUACUACGAGGCCACGCCCGCCUCGGGGUCUCAGGUCACGACCCCGGCGACCUCGCAGACCGUGUCAGUGACGACAGGCGCCGGCGCGGUGUCUAUGUUCGUCUCAGGGGCGGGGCAGAUUGUGGCCAACACCACGUCCGCCGCGGGGGGAGGGGAGGCGGCGGCAGUGGUGGCGGCGGUGGCGGGCGGCACGCCCAGUGGAGCCGGGGCAGGAGGGGCAGGCAACGGCGGCGGGGGCAGUUAUGUCAUCCAGGGGGGUUACGUGCUGGGCAGCAGCACCGCCAAUCAGAACUACUCGCACAGCACCCGCGCGUCGCCUGCCACCGUGAGUAUUCUGACAGAGGGGGAGGCCAGUAGCGUGCCGUCGGCAGACAAAAAGGUGCAGUGGCUGCUGGAUAACUACGAGACGGCAGAGGGAGUUAGCCUGCCGCGCUCCACGCUCUACUGCCACUACCUGCUGCACUGCCAGGAGCAGAAGCUGGAGCCCGUCAACGCCGCCUCCUUCGGCAAGCUCAUCCGCUCCGUCUUCAUGGGCCUGCGGACACGCCGGCUGGGCACACGAGGAAACUCCAAGUACCAUUACUACGGGCUGCGGAUCAAGGCCAGCUCCUCUCUGCUCAGACUGAUGGAAGACCAGCAGCACCUGGCCAUGAGACAGCAGCCUUUCUCCCAGAAACAGCGGCUAAAGCCGGUGCAGAAGGUGGAGGGGAUGACCAAUGGGAUGGCUCUGGGGGCGGGGCAGCAGCAGGCCCCGGCGCUGUCUGACAUCAGCGCUCAGGUGCAGCAGUACCAGCAGUUUCUGGACGCGUCUCGUGCCCUCCCGGAGUUUCCCGAGAUCGACCUGCAGGGGAAGGCGCUGCCUGAUGGGAUUGAGCUGGAACACAUCAAGAGCUUCCAGCUGCUCUACCGGGAGCACUGUGAGGCGAUCCUGGAUGUGAUGAUUAACCUGCAGUUCACACUGGUAGAGACCCUGUGGAAAACCUUCUGGAGAUUCAGUGAGAACCAGGCCAGUGACACAGGGACACUCACAGUCCACGACGAGUCGGAGAAGCGGCUGCCCAAGUCGUGCCUGGUGCUGCUGUGCAAGUACGAGCCGGUGCUGCGCUGGAGCCGCGACUGCGACAACACGCUGUACCAGGGCCUGGUGGAGAUCCUGAUCCCCGACGUGCUGCGGCCCAUCCCCAGUGCCUUAACACAAGCCAUCCGCAACUUUGCCAAGAGCCUGGAGAGCUGGCUGACCAACGCCAUGAUGAACAUCCCGGAGGAGAUGGUUCGCAUCAAGGUGACCUCGGCCAGCGCGUUUGCGCAGACUCUGCGCAGGUACACCUCCCUCAACCACCUGGCCCAGGCGGCCCGCGCGGUCCUGCAGAACACUGCGCAGAUAAACCAGAUGCUGAGCGACCUCAACCGCGUCGACUUCGCCAACGUGCAGGAGCAGGCCUCGUGGGUGUGCCGCUGUGAGGACCGGGUGGUGCAGCGGCUGGAGCAGGACUUCAAGCUCACCCUGCAGCAGCAGAACUCCCUGGAGCAGUGGGCGGCCUGGCUGGACAGCGUGGUCUCCCAGGUGCUGAAGCCGUACCAGGCCAGCGCCGCCUUCCCCAAGGCCGCCAAGCUCUUCCUGCUCAAGUGGUCCUUCUACAGCUCCAUGGUGAUCAGAGACCUGACCCUGCGCAGUGCGGCCAGCUUUGGCUCCUUCCACCUGAUCCGGCUGCUGUACGACGAGUACAUGUACUACCUGAUCGAGCACCGGGUGGCACAGGCCAAGGGGGAGACGCCCAUCGCCGUCAUGGGAGAGUUUGCCAGCCUGGGUCGCAGUCUGAACACUCUGGAUCCAGACAAAGAGGAGGAAGAGGAGGAGGAAGAGGAGAGCGAGGAUGAGUGUCAGGAGCUUUCCCUCCCGUCGGAUUCAGCUUCUCUGGGGGUGGAGUCUCUGGAGCCUCCUGCCAAGCUGGCCAGAACCGACCCCAGAGUGCUCUUCAACACCGCCCAGACUGACAACUGAAGCUGCAACCGCGCACUGGAUCACCCGCCCCGCGAGGCAACUAUGACCUCACACACACUGGAACACGCCCCCCUCACUAAGGCAACAACGACCCCCCACGUGCACUGAAACAGUGAUCCGCUGAGGAUAUUAUGACCUCACACACGCAGGAACGCCCGCUCACUGAGGCAUCUGUGACCUCACACACACUGGAAGGCUGGCCCACAGAAGCUCCUAUGGCACACACACACACACACACACACACACACACACGCAGACACGUGCAGUCACACACGGCAGUAGCAGUACCACUCCUCCACAGUGUCGCGUGGACACACUCCGUGACGCUCACACACUGACGCCAGCUCUGCGCUUUGCAGCUCAGACUGACACAGACGCACUCACAGGCCAAGAGCGCACUCUGACAGAGGCGGAGACACCGCCACGCAGGCGCGAACACUCAGCCGAUGCUUUGACAGCUUUCUCCUCUGGCCCCGUUGGAUUGUCGUCUCCAGCUGUGAGACAUGCCGCCUGCUCCACAGUCCUCUCUGGACUCCCACUCAGCCUGACAAGAUCUGCAACUGUCGUAACUGGUCCAGUCCUGAUAAGGGGCUUGUCACUUUUUCCACAUUUCACAUAGAGUCCGGUCUAACUAAAGGAGAGUUCAGCUGGAAUGAAAAACCAGCCUAUAUGUAUGGUCCACUGGACCAGGGUUGUUAAACACUGAUUUUGUGAACCUUGGACAGGUAACAAAACAAGAUAAUAUACCUGCUUUAAUCCCUACACAUGGAUCCAGGUCUACAGUCACAGCUGGCCGAUCCUGAAAGGAGAGCUGAUGUCAGUCAUACUCUGGCACCCUGUUGGAGUGGUGUGUGGUUAGCUAGGUCACCGCUGUUAAGCGUGUUGUGUGUGUGUGGUGUUGUGGCCGUCUGUGUGUGUGUUAGUGUCUCGGGGCCUUGUGGUGUGCUGGUGUGGAUCUGUCUAAGGGCUUCAGUGAAGGGAUGCGUCUCUGUGGUUUGUCCGCUUUGUCAGUGGGUGCAUUCAGGGUGCAUUCUACUACAGCCUCCCUUUGAACGUGUCAGUAGUCUGUGCGAUUUCCUGAUUUUGAGACACUGAAGUUGCGUCAGCCGUCUGUCGUUAACUUUUAAUGAAACCGAACUGUGCUGGUGGGAGGUGCUGCCCCACUUUCGUUUCCUCCCCCCCCCCCGUUUUCCCCAGACGCAGCACGGUG